AUGGCAGACACCACUUUAGAUGCCAAGUUUGAAGACUCCACAGAAGAGAAUAUUUCUCUAAAUAUGCAGAUGCACCUGUUGUCCUCCCAAAAGUCAGAAGAAAGACACAGGGACCACUGUGAUUAUCUGCUGGAUACUAUUGAUGAACAGCUUGACCAACUACGUGUAGAGCCACGGCCGGCUUUGAAGAAUUCACUAAGAAAUGAAGAAAAGGAUAGUAAAUCAUUUCUAUCGGAGCGCCAUACCAAGGAUGUGGAACAGUCCCAUGGAACUCAUCCUGGAGAACACAAAGAUCCAACCACUGUGGAUCCAAAUGAACAAAAUAGAGAGUGUAAGAAAGAAGAAUACAAAUGGAGGCUGGCUCACCUUUUGGGCUCUGAGCAGACAGAUAUCCAGGAUUACCACAGUGACAAUUCUGCAGAAAGCGUGUGCACAGAAGACUUUGCGGUAAAGUUCAAGCAGGGAAUGAUAGAGCCAAUAUCAACCAGUGGAGCCAAUGACAGAAGUGUUCUGGACAACGAAGAGUACAGCUUCAUUAAACACCCCAAACUUUUUGAGGAAACCUCUGACAUUGCUGGUCCAACAGGGGAUAAUUUCACACUUAACACUGCAAGAAGGGAAAACAUUCUGCAACAGUUUAAAGAAGAGUUAGAAGGUGAUUUGCAAGCGGCAUUACCUGCAAAUAAUGAGUGUGAGCCUUCCGGAGCCACCAGGAAUAGGAGAGAUAGUUUGGAGUCUCUCGGUGGAAGAAUAUCAAGACUUAGCCAGGUAAAUAUUUCAGAGCCGUCAAGUCUACACAGUUUGGAGAAAAUGAGCUCUGCAGUGAGUAAUGUGUCGUCCAGAAGUGCAGAAGACCUCCAACAAUGUGUUGUCUCACCAGAAGACCUUUUGAAAAACAAGCUUGCUCUGUAUUCUCAGAACAUUGUAGAAAAGGGAGACUUUGUUACUACAGAUCUUCAAGAAAAAAGUCCUGAUUCGCAGCCUUCAGGCUCACAUUUAAAGCAACAUUUUGAAGGCAAAUCAAUAGACCACAAGUCAGAAACUCGGUCUAAUGACCAGCGCCAUUUUGCAGGUAUUUCUUCUCAUGCAACUACUCCUCUUCUGAAAGGGCACAUGAAUCACAAAAUGUCUGGUAUUUCCACUGAACAAAGAAAUGGAGAUGAUAUCGGAACUUCUACACAUCCAGCAGAACUGAGAACACACACAGAAAGCUGGAGAUUGGAUGACUCCCUCAAAACACAAUGUGGAAAAAAGGAUGACAAGGGCUACCAUACAGCGAAACCUGCUAUACUGUUCGACUAUGGGAACACAAACGGUGGUGUGGCGGAUAAAACACUCUCUAGUAAUAAAGUAGGACACCCGGAAGAAAAUGCAGAACAAGCAAGAAAAGAAGACUUUUCGCAGUGCUCACAAUCAGUUGUGGAAACUAGUUACAUAUAUAGCUUAUGCACAAAAGACAACCUUGAAAAUCUGAGCUCAAUGGACUCAACGCACAAGGAAGAGAACUUCACUCACUACAAGCAUGUGGCUGGUAUUCCUUUGAAGAGUUUUGAUUCAGUGACAGUGGACAGUGAUUUGGACUCUGUGACAACGGAGAGAGUACGCGAUCACAUUCGCAAAGCCCUGAAUGUCACCAAAGGUUUUACGGAUCCUGGACACAAGACUAGAAGAAUGCAGCGGAGUCGCAGUGAGAGUCUCAGUAAAGUAACCACCGAUGACGAUGAGGAGUUUGAAACAACCUUCCACAGCCCAGGAUGGAGAUGCGGAAGUCCCAAGAGAUGGAAUUCAAGCCCAAAAAAGACAACUGAGUCCUCCAGGGAGCACCGUGCUAAAAGCAUUCCAACUGACUUCAUGGGGUCCCCUGGUGAAGGACAGUUUAAGAGAGUCCUAGAAGACCUUGCCACGGAAAGAGCGAUCCUGGAAGAAUCCGUGGCCAAGCUUCGACGAGAAGCCAUUAUGGAAGAAGAGCGAUUAUUACAGCGGAAAACUCAGUGUCGGGAGGCCGACCUGUCUCUUAAUGAUAUCCUGGGAAAGAAACAGGAAACGUAUCGGGAAUUGGAGUCUCUCAGAGACUUAUUGGAGAAGACUCAGAAGGACAUGAUGAGAAUGGAGUCACGUGUGAGGGAGACGCAGAUAACAGAGGAGGGCUUAAGGAAUGAACUGGUUGUACUUGAGUACAAGCGUGAUGACUAUUUGAAGGAGCUACAUGACCUUGAGCUGGAACUAGACUCCAUGCGGCAGCAGAACUCAAGCACACGCAACAGCCAGAUGGCCAGUUUUCAGUAUGAGAUUUCUUCACUGACGAGUGAACGAGAUGAGCUUAAAGCCCAUGUGCGCCACCUGGAGAGCAGCCUGUCAUUCAUGGAGCGCCAAGAGCUGGAGCGGCAGCUUAGCAGUGUUAAGUCAGAACUAUUCUCCGAGCAAAGAACUGCCAGAGCAAAUAUUGAGAACCUUCAAGAGAGUUUAGAAGAAUGUCAAUGCAAACUAGAAGAAAAAAUAUCUGAAUGUGCAGAGAAGCAGGAGAAGCACAAGCAGCUGAAAUCCCAGCUACGGGAGCUUGAAAAGAAGUAUGAAACCCAGAUACAGAAUCAGAUAGAAGAAGCCAGUGACCAAAAAGAAGUGUUAAACCAACAAGUUGCAGACAUGACAUCCCAAGUCCAAGAGCAGAGCACCAGGAUAACAUCACUUGAGAAGAUCCUGUCUGAGAAAGAGCUGGACCUCCUGAGACUCCGAGAUGUCAUAUCCACCCUGAAAGCUGAUAAGGAGGGCCAGGUGUUGGCUUUUGAGGCUCUCAAAGAAGAGCAAAACAAGCGAGUGUUGGAUCUGCAGCUACAGCAUCAGCAAGACAAGGAAAAGCAAAUUGCAGAACUACAGAAGGAGAUGCAGCUCCAGAAACAGAAGGAAAUCCAGCAGUUAGCAGAAAAUAUGGAACAACUGAAACUAAAAGCACUGCAGGACCAAGCCGAAUCCCUCAGAAAAGAAACUGAUAAAGCCUUGAAGGCCAUUGAGGGAAAAGAUAAAGAUAUUACAAAGCUGAAAGAGACGCUGCGAUCGCAGAAGGAAUCCAUGAAGAAGCUAGCUGCGGAACUGAAACAGGAAGCGAGGGAAAUGGUGCAUAACACCCUGCUUCGUGAGCAAAAGAAGUGGGAAAGUGAGAAGAAGGAUGCAUUACAAAUACAGAGACACACAAUGGAAGAGGAGAAGCUCCGAGAGAUGGCAGAUCUACGAGACUCAUUGGAACAGGAACGCAGAACAGUUAUGGCAUUAGAGAAGAAAGCGUCUGACCUGCAGAAUAUAAUUCAGGAACACGAGAUACACUAUCGCUCACUGCAGCGAGAGAAACAAGAUGCUCUGGAUGAUCUGCGUGCUGUCCUGAGGGAAGAGAAGCAGGAAGAGAUGAGGAGGCUCGAGCAAGAACUGGCACUGGAAAAGGAGCGGGACGUGGAGCGCUUGAAGGUCAGGCUUCAGCAGCUCGAGGAGGAGCAGCACAUUCUGCGGGCUGAAAAGAAUGAAUGCGUUUUCCGGGAGAGGGAGGCUGUGGCCCAGGCGGAGCGGGCUGAGCGGGCGCUGGGAAGGGAGAUCAGUGCCGCUUGUGAGCGGAUCUUGACUACUCUUGGGAGACCAACACCUAAGAGCCCUUCGCACACCAGACAUGGAAGCCCAUCUCGCCUAUCCACCAACCAAGCCCUGCAAAUGCUGCACAGCGUGAGUGAGGACACCAACCAGUACAUUCACGAGCUACAACAAGAUAUAGAGGCCCAAAAACGCACCGCCAUCCAUGUGCAGAGAGAGAAGGAGCGGGAGCUGCAGCAGGUGAAGGAGCACAUGCAGUUGGAGAAGGAAAAAGCUCUGGAUUUGUUAAAGGAACGGCUCAUCCAGGAGCACAUUGAGGAGAUCACUAACCUGCAGAGAGAGCAGCUCAGGGAGUCCAUGGGGCCUGAUGGCCAGUCUCUGCGGCAGCAGCUACGGGAGAAGGAUAAUGAGCUGCGAGCCAUCCAGAGGAACAUGGCCAAAUGGAAAGACGAGACUGCCGCAAAGCUGGCCGUAAAAUUUGAGGAGGAACUCAAUGCAGAGUUAGAGAAAAGUCUAUCCAGGAGCAAAGCUUCAGAGAGUCACAGAUAUGCCGAGAGAAUCGGGACAGUUUGCAGGACUCCCAUGACAGAAGCAUCUAGUCACGCUGGAUCCUAUGUUGUUCUGUUGUUGUUAUAG